AUGGCUGCUAGUCGUCCACAAACUGAGCCACAACAUACAGCGGCUGCGAAGCUCCAAGGAAGAGCGCUUUUUGAAAGCAUUGGGAGUCCUGAAAAGAUUGUUGCCCCAAUGGUUGAUCAGUCGGAACUUGCAUGGAGGAUUCUAUCAAGAAGAUAUGGUGCAACACUCGCUUACACACCCAUGUUUCAUGCUAAGAUGUUUGCAACUUCCGAAAAAUAUAGGAGAGAUAUGUGGUGUAAGGAUGACGGCUCCCAAGAACUUGAUCGCCCUCUGGUUGUACAGUUCUGUGCUAAUGACUCUGAUUAUUUGUUGGCGGCUGCAAAACUUAUAGAAGAUAAGUGUGAUGCUGUAGAUUUGAAUCUUGGAUGCCCUCAAGGGAUUGCUAAAAAAGGCCACUACGGCUCCUUUCUCAUGGAGGACUGGGACUUGAUUCAUAAGCUUAUUCGCACCCUUCAUGACAACUUAAAAAUUCCAGUAACUGCCAAGAUACGAGUUUUUUCGGAGCGUGCAAAGACUCUGGAGUAUGCUAAGAUGGUUUUAGAUGCCGGUGCGCAAUUUUUGACCGUUCACGGUAGGUUGAGGGAACAGAAAGGACAGAAAACUGGAUUAGCUGACUGGGAUAUCAUUCAAUACUUGAGGCAGGAGUUGCCCAAGGAUACCGUCUUUUUUGCAAAUGGCAACAUCUUGUACCCAGAGGACAUAUCGCGGUGUAUGAACGAAAUCCAUUGUGACGCCGUUAUGAGUGCAGAAGGAAACCUGUACAAUCCCGGAGUUUUCAACACAGAUUUCAUUGGAGAUAAAGAAAUGACAUUUCCUCGAGUCGAUAAGCUUCUUAGAGAAUAUUUUGAAGUUGUUAAGAGUUGCGAAGGAUCCCAUGCCUCAAAAGUUGCAAUGAAGUCUCAUUUUUUUAAGAUUUUAAGGCCCUUUCUUCCUGAACACACUGACAUAAGAUCCAAUCUGGCUACUAUGUCUGCUAAAAGUUCAUUUCAGGAAUGGGAUGAGAAAGUCGUCAAGAAGGUGGAGCAUGUUGUCCAGGAAAUCUUUAAUCAGCCAGACAUUGAAAGCAAAGACGUGAUUAUUACCGGGAAAACCGAAUUGUGGGGUGGGUCUUACAAAACAGUCCCAUACUGGAGGUGCCAGCCAUACUUCAGACCAGUUAAUGGUGUCACAGGAGACAAGAGGGUAGUGGAGAGUUUAAGCGUUAAUAUAGCCAAAAGCGAAGAAGCAAAUCAGGGCAAGAGAAAGGCCGAAGACCAACUCGUAAAUGUACCUAAAAAAGACAUCAAAAUCUGA